GGUAGAGCACCUGAUUUGAAGUACAUUGAGUCUGCUGCCAGGCAUAUAGCGCAGGUUGCCGAAGGAGGCAAAAUUAUUGUAGAAAAGAGUACAGUUCCUGUACGAGCUGCAGAGAGUAUUACAAGAAUAUUAAGUGCAAAUGCUGAUAAAAAGUUUCAGGUCUUGUCAAACCCAGAAUUUCUUGCCGAAGGAACAGCAAUCAAAGAUUUGUUGGAACCAGACAGAGUUCUUGUUGGUGGUGACCAGACAAAAGAAGGACUUGCUGCAAUAGAUGCUCUGAGUUGGGUCUAUGAACACUGGAUACCAAAAGAGAAGAUAAUCAAGACAAACACUUGGUCUUCAGAACUAUCCAAACUGGCUGCUAAUGCCUUCCUUGCCCAGCGCAUUUCAAGCAUCAACUCCAUGAGUGCAAUAUGCGAGGCCACUGGAGCAGAUGUAUCUGAAGUGGCUCACGCCAUUGGCAUGGAUUCAAGGAUAGGAAACAAGUUUUUACAGGCAUCUGUUGGUUUUGGUGGCAGUUGCUUCCAGAAAGAUGUCCUAAACCUUGUGUAUCUUUGUGAAGCUCUGAACCUUCCCGAAGUAGCUAACUAUUGGUAUCAGGUGAUCUCAAUGAAUGAUUAUCAAAGAAGAAGGUUCACCAACAGGAUCAUCAACUGCUUGUUUAACACUGUGACAGGAAAACGAAUAGCCAUCAUGGGAUUCUCUUUCAAGAAGAAUACAGGUGACACAAGAGAGUCAGCCAGUAUCUACAUAUGCAAAUACCUAAUGGAUGAAGGAGCUUUCCUAACUAUCUAUGAUCCAAAAGUAAAGGAAUCCCAGAUUCUAUUGGAACUACAAGACCCUGCCAUCUCUGAGGACCCAACAAGAGUGAAGCGGCUGGUUACUAUUGAACAGGAUCCUUACAAGGCUGUGGACAAGGCUCAUGCCUUUGUAGUCUGUACUGAAUGGGAUGAAUUCAAGACGUAUGACUACCAGCAUAUCUAUAACAACAUGCUGAAGCCUGCCUUUGCGUUUGAUGGACGGAUGAUUCUUAAUCAUCAUCAUCUUCAUGAUAUUGGUUUUCAAGUUGAGACAAUCGGUAAAGUUGUAUCAUCUGGUUAUUCACUUCCAUCCAUGUAAAUCAACCUGUGUCAUCUUGCCUUAACUAAUCAAAAUCAACCAAUCGGCAUUCAUGUGGGCAUCAAUCUAAUUGGCCAUUCAGGAAUGAGGAAGACUUUAUCUGUUUGGCCAAUCAGCAUGUUGGAAAUCUGAUUGACCAAUCAGCAUCAAAGUUGAUAUCUAGUUAACCAAUCAGCAUCAAGGAAUGUACUUGGUUGUACAGUCAGCAUGAAUGCAGAUAGCUGAUAAUCCAAUCAGCUGCAAGCUUAUGACCUGUCUGUUUGUCCAAUCACAAUAAGUGUUGGCAUCUAAUUGGCCAAUCAGCAUAUAGGGUUGUGUUUUGUGAUUGGUUUUAUCUUUGACCAAUCAGGAUACAUGUGGAGAUAUCAUUAGCCAAUCAGAACAAAUGGGCAUAAGUCUAAUAGACCAAUCAGACAUAUGACUAACAGCCUGGUUGACCAAUCAGCAUUGACUGCCACAUCCUCCAAACCAAUGAAGUGCUGUCAACCAAUCAGCAUGCAUGGGUUUUAAGUUAUUCUUAACCAUACGUUGUAAUGUAAUCGUGCCGCAUCACAUUCAGUCACUCUGGUGUCAUUGUUUUACAUAAUAGUAUAUUUAUAUUGUUUAGUAUUUAGCCUAAAUUAUUUUUGACCCAUAUAAACAUAUAUUAAAAUACUGAUAAUUAUUAACACCUAUUGGUAAACCAAGGCCUUAUUAUUUAAGGUUUCAUGUGCAACAAAGCGAAAAGAGGUUAGGUCUUAAAGUUUUAAACUAGCAUAUUUGCAUAACCUUCAUAUAAAUAAUCGCUCAUAGCAACAUGAGAUGAUGAAAGGACCAGUGAUUACGUCUGCUAAGUUUAUAAAUUAUCCUAUAAAAGCUGUACUGAGUUAAGGAGAGAUGCAUGUGUUCUAUCGUCACGACAUGUGACUAGAAAGUGCUUUUAUGAUUAAUAGAAAUUAAUACAAAUGAUUAUUUUAGUCUAAUAUAUAAAAAGAUUGAAUAAAUAGAAUGAUAUUAAUGGAAUUAAAAAUCUUGAAAUAAAAAAAAUUAAAUCUUAGAAACA